AUGCCCAAAAAGCAAAAGUCCGCCGCCGCCCGUCAGACGUGGCGAUCUGUCGCCCUCGAGGAGGAGUCUCUCCGCUUCGCUGAGAGCGGCGGCUUCCUCUCGCUGGAAGAGAUCGAGCAGCCUCUCUACGACCCCGCCCAACCAUUCUCUGCCGCAGCCGACGACGUCGAGGCUGGCGAUAGUGGAGUGGGCGCGUCGCAGCUUGAGCUCGCACAGGCUGAGGUCGAUCGCUUGAUGCGGAUGCACGCGGCGGCGCCUCGUGGCGAGGACGCGGCAGCCGAGGGCGAGCGCAAAGAGAAGCGGAAGCGCGCCAAGGCCGCACGCAACGAUCAGGGCUGCUCGGUCGCCGAUAACGCGGAGGGCGAGGCGGGUGGCGAGGCGGGCGACGCGCGGUCCAGCUGGGAGCCGCUCGGCCUGCACCCGACCCUGGUGGAAGGGAUGGUGGCGUGCGGCUUCAGCGGGCCGACGCCCAUCCAAAAGGCUGCGCUCCCUGCGGCGUUGCACGGGUUGCGCGACGUGGUCGGCGCGGCCGAGACCGGCUCCGGCAAGACCCUCGCCUUCGGCCUGCCCAUCCUGCACCGGCUGAUAGAGGUGACACGCAUGUCCCUCGACAAGCAGCGGCGGCAGCUCGAGUCCAGGCCGCCGGUGGUGGUUGCGACGCCGGGCCGGCUGUGGGAGUUGAUGAGCGAGGGGAGCAGCCACUUGCAGGCCCAUCUCGCGGCUCUGCUGACGAGGCAGCCGCUCGAGCUGUCGCGGCUCCGCUUCUUCGUCCUCGACGAGGUGGACCGCAUGAUCGAGGCCGGCCACUUUCAGGAGACGCACGCGAAGCGGGUCGCGCAGCACAAGCCGCUGCCAUCCGGGUCGGCGGCGGACUCGCUGAUGCAGAAGGUUGCCUUUCUCAACCCGCUCAAGGCCUGCCCCCCGUGCGAGAGGCGGCAGCACGCGUCGCUCCUGCAGCAGGCCCAGCUGCAGUGCCUCGCCGAGGAGAAGGCGCCGCCGCCACCACCACCGCCACCCGCACCACACCUGCAUGGAACGCCCUCAGCAAGUGGAGACGGCGCCCUCUUUGCGCUGCUCGGCACGCGGGGCGGCCGCUCCAUCGUCUUUUGCAACGCCGUCACCGCCGUCUCGCGGCUGAGGUCGCUCCUCUCCCUGCUCGGACUCAACGUCAUCGCGCUGCAGGGCGGCAUGCAGCAGCGCGCUCGCAUUAAGGCGCUCGAGCGCUUCCGCGCCGCAUCGUGCGCUGUGCUGCUCGCGACGGAUGUCGCCGCGCGCGGGCUCGACGUCAAGGGCGUCGAGUACGUGGUGCACUACCAGCUGCCGCGCUCGGCGGAGGUGUACGUCCACCGCUCAGGCCGCACGGCUCGCGCCGCCGCGGCGGGCCUCUGCGUGUCGCUCGUCGAGCCGUCGAGCUCGCGUGCCUUCCGCAAGCUCUGCCACGAGCUGAGCGUGCCGCAAGGGCUCGACGAGUACCCGAUGCCGCCAAAGACGCUCGCCGCCGCGCUCGAGGCCGCGAAGCUCGCGCAGAAGGUCGACAAGGCGGAGCACAAGAACUCGCGCGCGGCGAAGCAGGCCUCGUCCAUGCGCCGAAUGGCGGAGGAGAUGGAUCUGCCCGUCUCGUCCGACGACGAGGAGGAGGAGGAGACGCGGCACUCGAACGGGCGGCAGCAGGCGCGAGAGGCGGCGCUUGUCGCGCGCCAGCGAGACGACCUUCGGCGUAUGCUGGGCAAGCUCGGCUGGCCCGCGGGAGGGGCGGCAGCUAGCUAG